AAAAACGUAAACAAAAAAAUCAACUUUCACCAAAACCUUCAACAAAAUCAAUCCAAAAAGAAACCAGUCAAAUUUCCAUCCCAUCAAUCAUGUCCUCAGACUCAGCACCAACGCGAUCAAAUGUUGCACUCAGAGGGUCUUCCCAAAUCGUUGCAGAGUUUUUCGAUUUCAGUAUAAAUUCAAUUCUAUACCAACGAGGAAUUUAUCCACCAGAAGAUUUCCAAAUGGUUAAGAAAUAUGGAUUAAACAUGUUGGUUACUUGUGAUGAUGAUAUAAAGGCAUACAUCCGUAAGAUAAUGGGUCAAUUGCAUAGAUGGGUUGUUGGUGAUAAGAUUUCAAAAUUAAUAGUGGCAAUAAUAUCUAAGGAUACAGGGGAAGUUGUGGAAAGAUGGCAAUUUGAUGUACAAGUAUUUGAAGACACUAAGGAAGAACUAAAUAAUCCUAAACCCCAACAUGAUAAAUCAAAAGAAGAAAUUCAAAAAGAGAUUCAGGCUAUAAUAAGACAAAUCACUGCAUCUGUUACAUUUUUACCAACUUUAGAAACAGGUGAUUAUACAUUCAACGUGUUGGUUUAUGCUGAUGCAAAUGCUAAAGUCCCUAGUGAAUGGAUUGAUUCUGAUUCUAAAGAGAUCAAAGGUGGUGAAAAAGUUAAAUUUAAAAGUUUUAGUACAAAUGGUCAUAAAGUUGAUACAUUAGUGAGUUAUAGAUUGAAUGAAGAUUGA